UUAGCUGUAUGCUUUGCAAGUCAAUCUUUAUUGAAGUUCUUGCUGUCUGCAUGUACUGUUUAGGAAUUUAAUUGAAUUUAUUUUAGCCUAUAUUGUGGCUCGCUUCUUAGUUUGGUGUCCGGUAGUUGAAGAGAAGUUGCCCGUUAAGACUAAUUGAGGUCCCAUUAGGCCUACUAUUGACUAUUCCCCGGGAUGCGGUUCACAACACUUGCCUAACUCCCAGGUACCUACUUCAUGCUAAGUGAACAAAGGUAAUAAAUGUAAGAAAAGUUGUACACGAAUGUUUGUCCUGCUGCAGGAAUUGAACUCUGACCCGACUGCAAGAGGACCAGAGUGCUUUUUACUCCUAAGUACAGUAGAGGCAUAUGUGAAUCAGAGACAAUGAGUGACCAGGACCGAAAUCCGUUGAAGAAGCAGCAGUCGACAACCUCAUUGGAAAAGAGUUUACAGAUGAUAUCACCUCCCCAGCAAGCACCAGUCACAAUCUACCCUGGACCAUCGGCUGGAAUUUCCAAUCUUUCUAAAGCUGAUUUAGAAAUUGCUCAGCGUCUUCAGAAUCUCCGCCAGUCCCACAUGGAUAGUUUACCAACUGAAGAAGAAAUGGCUUCCAGACUAGCACAUUUGAAAGGUCUUCCAGCAGAUCACUACACUAAACCUCAAGGUGCUAUUCAUCAGCCUCCUGAUACGAGAACUCAAGCUGAAAAAGCUGAUGGUCUGUUGUCACAGGUAAUGGAUGAGUUAGCACUAGAAGCUUCGGUCCCUAAUCCAGAUGAUGAACUAGAGACCCGCUUGGCACGUCUUAGAGGGGAGGAAUCUCGCCGUGGUCAGGCUCAGGGUGCCAUGGCUUUACCGUCAUCCGUGUAUCUUGCUCAACCACAAGCCAGAGCUGAGGCAACUCUGGGGGAAGAUCUUGAUGAUAUGAGUAUGGAUGAAGUGGAGGCACUAAUGAAAGCUACAGAAAAGGAAGUGCAGACCUCUGCUGAGAAGGCUUUGGGUGAUCUGCAAGCUGAUCCAGAAUUAGCAGGAGCUGUGGCUCAAGCUACAAGAAAGAAAGAGAAAAAAGAUCGGCAGAAAAAGUCCAAGGGAGCAAGCGGAGGAAAAGGUUGCUCUUCUGAUGAAGAGAGACAUAGUAAAAGUUUUGAUAGUGACCUGGAAAUAGAAGGUGGAAAGGCAAUUGAUCCAGUGACUGAACAAGAGGAAGUUCAGAGAAUUAUUGAUAUGUAUACAAAACGAGCACAACUUAAGAAAGAGAAGAAAAGAAAGAAGAAGGAAGCGGCAGCAGCUGCGAUGGGAGGUGCUGUUGGAGGUGAUGACUCUGACUCGGACAUUGAAGUGAGUUCUGCUUCAGAUUUAACCUCUGAAAGUGAAAAAUUCAGUUUAAGUGAUGAGCUAAGUGACUGAACAUAUUUAUCAAGAUACUGAUUAUUAAUUGAUAAAUAAAUAAUUAUGCUUUAGCAUCCUGUUGGUAUAAAAGUUCAGGGUUCGGAUGUUCAGUUACAGCUUUAAUAAAGUGUUGCUCUGUGUAUAAUCCAUUCUGAUAAACUUUAGGCUAUACUGCUCCUGUUCUCUUGAAAUGUUAAUUCCUCCUAUCUUGGCUGAAUAUCAAAUCUGUUUUGAGACUACUGAAUGAGAGAAAUGACCCAUAUUUAAUCAUAAAAUUAGACUAAUUUGUGAUGUGGAAUAUUUUGAAGUAGAAUUGUUAACAACACAUUGCAAUAACGCUUGAAAUUUUCUAUUGCUUAGUGUUACUACAUCCAAGUACAGUUGAACUCCGAAUAUACAGUCUUAACCUAUGCCGCAUAUAUAUAUUGACCCACUAAAAUACUUUAUACGAUUAAUAAUCAAACCUAUGUAGGUUUUCAGGGUGAUGCAAGUUCUAGGUACUAUAGCAGGAUUUUCCUCAUGUUAUCUUUGUUGCAUUGUUGAGAACCUAAAGUAACUGCAAGCAGGCCCUGAGAAGGAAUGGAUGUAUUAAGCUUGCAAUUAGGCUCACAUUAAUAAAAUGAAUUUACAUGUGUGGGGGGAUUCACAAUAUUGAGAUCAAAUGAGAUGGACAUUUGGUUUGCAGUGAUUUUAAGUGUCAUAUACAUGAUGUUAUUAAUGAUGGCAUCAUUCUAUGCGCUAAGCAGUUGCAAGCUCCAGUAGCAGUGGAGGAAGGAGGGCAGAGCUGGGGUGUAGUGACAGAUCUGGUUGUACCAGUUACACAGCUGUACCAUGUACCAAUUGAUUAGAUUACUGUAGCCUGCAUAAAGUAAUUCCACCAUCGUACACAGUGAUUUAGACACGCCCAUCAUUGUUUCUAUUGUAUUUAUGAUCCAACAUAUCUUAUAACCAAAAACUAAGAAAUUCAAGAGUAUUACUGCAAGAAACAAAUAACGCAAAUUAUGUAUAUCGCGUUCAUUUUGAAGCACCGAGUUUGGUAAAAAGCAGAUCAUCGUUAAAAAAUCUAAGAAUGAAAAGGUAUUGAAUUUCGACUUGUUAGGCCAUCCCAACUAUUUGAUUUAAAUAGCUAUGCCAAAUUAAGAAAUAGCUUAUUAAUCCAAAAAAUUAAUCCCUAAGAAACAUAAUAUAUAAUGCUUGGUACUAGUGCAUCAAUAUUCAUUUUGGCAAGAGUAAUACAAAUUUUGCCUACCCAGCAACAUCCUAAAAAUUGCUAAUGUUUUAAGUGUUAGUAUUGCCCAAUUCCAUCAACACAGCUUUGCAUCAGACUUUGUUGCUUUGCAGUAUUUUGUGUCAAUACGAUUAAAAUACAGUACGUGUUCGGUAUUAUUUAAGUUAUGUAAUAAAGUUCUUACUCAUGGAACACCACCUAUUAUUUUUUUAAUGUUACAUAUAAAAAUAACCUACUCAGAACUGUUCAUAUGACAGGGAAUAUUUCCUGUAUAAGAUUGGGGUUCAACUGCAUAAACAAGCAUGUAUAUAAUCACAAAUACAAAAACUUGUUUAUCUUAUAUGAUAGACUUUCAGAAGCUCUUUACAUUCUCAUGCUUGUAUAAUAGUUUGCCUUUCUCUUUUUCUACAUUAUUUACAGUAAAUCUAGCAUUGGGAAUUAACAGGCACUUGUGACAAAUCAUUUAGCAUGUAUAUUCACCUUAGGAAAGACAUUUGUUAUACAAUAGUCUUCUGCAUACACACACGCUGCAGGGAUACGUUUAGCAUGCACACAUGCUGAGAACACAUACACAUUGCAGACAGGUAAAAAUAAAACCCACCAAAACACAUACACAUGUAUAUGCACAGUUGUGCAUACAUUUAUAUAUGGAUAGUGAAAUAUUAAAAAACUUUUAAUGAUUUUGGGGAGUCAAAAUUGGAAUAUGCAGCAGUUGUAUGGUACCCAUAUCUCCAGAAGCAUAUCGAUAAACUGGAAACUGUGCAAAAGCAAGCUACAAAAGGGCUUCCAGAACUGAAAAACAAGAGCUACGAUGAGAGGCUAUAGGCACGCAGGAUAUGUCAAAGCUAAAGAUAUGGCUAGAUAUGUCAAAGCUAAAAGAUAGAAGAAAAAAAGGUGAUAUAAUCACUACAAACAAAAUAGUAACAGGAAUUGGCAAAAUUGACAGAGGAAUUUUUUAAACCUACAACUUCAAGAACAAAAGGACAUAGAUUCAAGCCAUGUCCUCUUGGCACUUAAAAAAUAAAGGUGCUAAAAGUAUAUUAGUUUUCUUUUGCAAAUAGUCAUAGAUGGAUGUAACAAGUUAAGUGAGGUGGAUUCCAAAAGUGUCAGCAGUUUUAAACUAUCAUAUGACAGUACUGGAAAGACGGGACACCAAAAACAUAACUGUCAUCCUGUAACUACUCUUUUGGUAAUUACACAUACACAGACACACGCAUACAUGCAGUACAAGCAAGUUUUGCAAAUUCUGAGCCAUUGUAGUUUUAGUUUUGUGGUACACUGUAUUGGGAUAUGAAACCCAAGCCAGUCUGUUAGGGAUAACCAUUGCUCGGUAUACCUUAUGUAAAUUACACAGAUUUUGCCUGGAUGAAGGUGAAUUUUAGAUUGUCAAGACAGACUUUGAAUGUUCUCAGUGUGAAUAACCCCGGCUCUGCCUUGUAUAGAGCCUUGCAGAUUUUGUCUAGUUGGUGAUACUAUUUCUAGAGUAUGUGGAUUAUGCUCAGACCAAAAUGUAUGGAGUUAGGAUUAGCCCUAGCAGUUUUUGGAUUUAUUGCUUAAGGAUACUUAAGUCAGAAUGUAUAUACACUAAUAUGUAUAUACCGGUACGUAAUUUAUUGAGUAUAUUAAUCUUGCACACCUAAAAAUAGUCAUAAUUAAUGCACAUGCAAAUUUCUAUGGGAUCCUUGCUUGUGUAUGCAAAUAUCCAUAAGCCUAUUGUAAUGCAUGUCUCUUGAAAUCAUAAAAUGGUAGCGAUUAUUACAAUAAAUGAUGAUUUUAUGCUGUCAGCUUUAAAAAAAAUCUGUAGCUAUGUUUAAAUAUUGGGUACUUGCAUUUAUAUUUUAUUAAAAGUAAAUAAUAUUGUAUAGAAUAUAUGGUGAUUUAUAAGAAAUUUGAUGUCCAUGUCCUCUGUGUGCCUUGCUUACUGUUGGCUUCAACUGACUGUACUGAUCUUUCAUGAACCCCAGUGUACUGAUCUUCCAUGAACCCCUGACCACACACCACAACUGAAUUACAGUACUGUGAAGUGGAUUGAGCUCCUCCGUACAUUAGAGUUUUAUGUAUACAAUUAUUUUUAGAAAUAUCCUCUGAAGCUAACAGAUUUUCUCUUCCAGGCAUUUCUGGUAAAGCAUAAAUAAAUAUUAGGUGUUCAAUUGUUAAUGGAUUAAAACAAAUAUAUUAUUAAUAUUUUAUCCUUAAUAUCAUUUGCAAUAUAAACAAUAAAGUUUUGCAUUAGUUUUAUGGAAUUGAUUAUAAAUAUUCUACAGAAUUAUGAGGAUGGUAUUAGAUGAAGUAAAGAUUAAAGCAAGAAGAUAAGGGAAAUUACAGCAUUGCCAGGAAGUGACUGAUAAGGUGACGAUUGAAUGCAAACCAUUUAAAAAAAGUGCAUCUGAACGAGAUCAAUACAAGUGUCAUAAGAGAUGCAUAGUGAAGUAGGGAAGUUGUUGAUGAUGUUUUGGAAUCAGGUACUCGGAACAAAAAGUUCCAAGUAGCACGGGCUAUGGUGAGCCCGUAGUGGACUUGCCUGGCACAGGAGCUGGGCUGUAUUCGUAGGGAAGUAGGUUUACAAGCGCAUUAUAGACAAGAGGGGGUAUAAUUAUCUUGAAUAUUGAUGAUAAAAUAUGCUUACUGUUGAAUAAAAUAUUCAGGUAAACUAUUAAAUGUGCAAAGAAGUAUUGUUAAGUUUUUUUGCAUUAAAAAUGUUGUAUUGAAUUUAACAAAAAAAUAUUUUAUUGAAUAUUGAAAAGAAUGAAAAGAAUCUUGUCUGCAUUUUGAAGAGAAUUGAAUGUUCAGUUGAAAAUCUAAAGAGUAAACAAUGCAUAUAAUCCAGGUAUGUGUGAAUUUUUUAAAUUUCCUAUCUUAUUAAUCAAAUAUAUUGAAUU